AAUAAAGUUCCGUUGACGCAAUUUGAAAGCAAGAUGGCGGUACUCAUACCGCUGUCUCUAAAGAUGUCACCCUCAGCUCUGCUGGGCUUCAGGUGUCUUUACGCGGAGCAAUAUUCUUCCAGAAAGCUUCUAAAACCUGUAGCGGAGCUCUGCGGACGAGGUUAUUCCGCCAAAGUCCAGCAGCAGCAGCAGCAGCAGCAGCAGCAGCCGGCGGCGGCGGCGGCGGCGGAGGAGGAGGAGGGAGGCGGUGUGAGCACCGUCGGCGGGUUCGCCGGUCCUCUGGAUCACUACAGCGGGCUGAUCAGAGACGGGACACUGCGGGAGGAUGAGCAUCAGAAAGCGGUGCUGCAGAGGCUGGAAGAGCUGCACAAGACACUCCGAGGGUACAGCAACACGCCGACGUCCAUCUUCUCCAAGUUUUUCACAAAACCCAAACCUCCAAACGGCUUCUACAUCUACGGGGACGUUGGCACAGGAAAGACAAUGGUCAUGGACAUGUUUUAUUCAUAUGUGGAGACUGAAAAGAAAAAGAGGGUCCAUUUCCAUGGCUUUAUGUUGGACGUGCAUAAAAGGAUUCAUCGGCUAAAGCAGAGCAUGCCGAAGAGGAAAGCAGGGAAAAUGGCCAAAUCCUAUGACCCCAUUGCUCCAGUUGCUGAGGAGAUCAGUGAAGAGGCUUGUCUUCUGUGCUUCGAUGAGUUUCAGGUCACUGAUAUUGCCGAUGCCAUGAUUCUCAAGCAGCUUUUUGAGAAUCUGUUUCUGAACGGAGUCGUUGUCGUGGCCACUUCUAAUCGUCCUCCUGAAGACUUGUAUAAAAAUGGGCUGCAGAGAGUCAACUUUGUGCCCUUUAUUGCCGUGCUGCAGAAAUAUUGCCAAACUCUUCGGCUGGAUUCUGGGAUAGAUUAUCGCAGAAGGAACAGACCCUCCGCUGGAAAACUCUACUUCCUCUCCAGUGAGCUUGAUGUAGAAGCGACACUGGACAAGAUGUUUGAUGAGCUGGCUUUUAAGCAGAAUGACAUAACACGACCAAGAAUUCUGAACGUGAACAACAGAAAAGUGCGUCUGAACAAAGCUUGUGGGACCAUUGCAGACUGUACGUUUGAGGAGCUGUGUGAUCGACCUUUAGGGGCCAGUGACUACCUGGAGAUGUCCAGACUGUUUGACACUGUCUUCAUUCGUCACAUUCCUCUGCUCACGCUGAACAAAAAAACCCAAGCCAGGCGCCUCAUAACGCUGGUGGAUGCCUUCUACGACCACAAGGUGCGGGUGGUGAUUCUCGCAGACCACACUCUGGAGGAUAUGUUCGUACACAACGGGGAUCACGGUCAUGACGAGAGCCACAUUCUUAUGGACGAUCUGGGGCUGAAGAGGGAAGAAGCCAGCAGUCUGGCCAUAUUCAGCGGCGAAGAGGAAAUGUUUGCCUUCCAGAGGACGGUGUCUCGACUCACUGAGAUGCAGACAGAAGAAUAUUGGUUGGAAGGGGACAGAAGCUUGAAAUCGGAGGCUUAACAUUUGGGGAAAGUCGACCUCGGCCAAAAACAAUCCCAACUGAACACUACUCCUUCUCAUCCAGCACAAACCUUAGUGGGACUGCUGAACAGUAUGUUGUACAGAAAAUAUUUAUUGAUAUAUUUUAAGGCCUUUUAUGACUUUAUUGCGACUUUGCACUUCAGGGGAAAUGUGUAAGAUGAACUUCCAGGUGUCAUAUUGCUUUUAACUCUGUAUCAAAUAGUGGUCCAACUGUAUUUACCUUCAUGAAUAUGCGGGAAAAGGCUGGAUGACUUUUGAAAAAUGGACUUCCAUCUGAUUUUCUUUAUAAAAGUUUCAGUGGCAUUUUAAUGAAUCUCUUUUGAGAUGAAGUCUAAAUAACAGUGGCAGAAUACUGGUCUUAAAGUAUUUAAAGUUUUGAGUGAUUAUUUCUGAUGAUUUUAUGUGGAUGGUGCUUGUGAAAUUUCACAAAUGAUUUCAUUCAUUUUCAUUUGCAGGAUGAAAAGGAAACAGAAUAUGUACAACAGGAAGUGUUUUAAUUUACAUAUAUAUAUAUAUAUAUAUUUAUAUAUUUCUAUGCAACUGUCUUGGGUGUGGGUUGAUGAUUCACUGGUUGCCUGAGUACAUUAAUCUUUUUUUUUAUUCAAAAUGAUCAGUAUUUGUUUUUCAAAUACACAAAAAGGUGUUAUUACUACA